GUCAAAUGCACGUGAGAAAAAUGGUCUGCAGUGGCCCGCUGCGCUCUCUUCCCAAGACCACAAUCAGAUCACGACGAUCACCUGCCCUCCCCCCCUCACGAAUAUUCCAUCAAUUAGAAUGCCCAAUUCACAAGAUGUCUUCUAGCGUUGUCUCUUCUCUCAGCUUGUUGCUCCCCCCACGCUCUCUUCAGCAUUCCUCUCUGAGGUUACACGGCAAUUGGCGGGUGCUAUUGGACAAGCUGGACGUGGGGGCUAGAGUAGUCAGGCGACUUGUGAACGGACGGUACCUGCUUCUGCGAGGAUGAUCGCUGUUUGUUUCUGGUCUCUGUGAUGGAUGGCAGCCUUCACAAUAUGCUCGACAUCUUUGCUUCCAUUUCGUAAAGGUGGCGUUUGUGUAACUCUCCGUGUAAGUGAUCCCUCUCAAACGCCCCUGUAUUGAUCCAUUGAAACCCUCAAUUGCAGUAGAAAACUGCACUGGAGACCCCCACGAUCACUUCAUGUCUCUUGACUCGCGUGAGGUCACCGGUUCGGCCCGGAGUCUCUCGGCCGGAGCUCAGCGGAUGUCUUGUCGUGUCUCUCCCCCGCCUUUUCACCACGCACCCAAGGAUCCGGACCUAACCCCCACGCUUUUCGAACCAUGCCUCUCUCGAACUCAAGAGCCUGAGCCUGAGAAUGGGCUACCUCAUGACAAGGACGCCACUCUUAUACCUAGUCCUUGGUUGGACAUAAAAGAGCAGCUGACGCCAGCCUCUUUUGAACAAUGCCUCUUCAGCAUACUAUCCUUUCUUCGUUUUCCUCUGCUUUGCUUGUAUAAAAAGAAACUGCUUGCUGCGUGUAAUCUGCUUGCACUUAUAUACUUUGCACUUAUAUCAUACCAUAUGCCUUCGACAUUGCUUGAAUCUCCCACCAUGGGCUCUCCCAAGGCUUCUCAGCUGCGCCUCGGCGAUGGCGUAUACGUUCCUACCCUUGCGUUCUUCACUCCCGAGGACGAAGUCGAUACUUCAGCUACUGAGAAACACAUCAUCAAGCUUCUCGAGUCAGGAGUAGCUGGUAUUGUUGUCCACGGCUCCAACGGAGAAUGCGCCCACCUCUCUCCUUCAGAACGAACCACCAUCAUCCGCGUUGCUAGAGAUACCAUCUUCCACGAGGGAAGCGGUACGCGUGUUCCUCUCAUCGCAGGCUGUGGUGCCCAGAGCACAAGGGAGACAACUGAACUGUGUGAAGAUGCUGGCAAGGCUGGUGCUACACAUGCUCUUGUUCUACCUCCAAGCUACUACGGCGGACUUCUUCCCGAUGAUCUAGUCAUUCAGCAUUACUACGCCGUUGCAGACAAGAGCCCAAUUCCUCUUCUGGUGUACAACUUCCCCGGCGCUGCAGCUGGUCGAGACCUCUCAUCCGACACGAUCCUCAGCAUCGCCAAGCAUCCCAACGUCGUAGGCGUCAAGCUCACAUGUGGCAACACUGGAAAGCUCGCCCGCAUUGCAGCUGAUUGUCCAGAAGGAUUCUGGGUCGGAGGCGGCAGCGCAGACUUCAUCCUUCAAGGCCACGCCGUCGGAGCCAACGGCACCAUCUCAGGCCUUGCCAACCUCUGCCCCAAAGCAUGCGUUCGCAUCACAGAGCUCGCAGAAGAAGGAAACUGGAAAGAAGCCCGUCAGCUGCAAGCCAAAGUGGCCAAGGCUGACUGGACGGCGAUCAAGACUGGAUUCGUUGGCGUAAAGGCAGCACUGGGACACUUUUCCGGGUACGGAGGCGAACCUAGACGACCUUGCGUGGCGCCAUCUCAGAAGGAUCUUGAUACUAUUGCACAGGGGUUCCAAGAGGUAAUGGAUCUUGAAGUUACCCUUUAAAAAAGCAUGUUUUUGGGUCUGGGGGACAAAAGCAGGUUGCAUUGAGCGGUGACGACGUUGAUGAUGACGAUACCUGUUAUUUCGAAGCAAAGCACGGAGAUGGUGUUGUGGCGUUGGGCAUACACUACACAGCCAUCAAUCAUAUCAGGCUGUUUUGUAGCAAUAAUUUCGAUGUACAUAAAAAUACCAAUUUAAUGCUUGAAGGAUAUACAUCAUAUGCCUGAUUACCCCA